AUGGGAGACGCUAUGAAACGCAAUCCUCACCCGGAUUUUAAAAAGGUCGAGGCUUCUCGUCCUGAGCUGGAUACCAAGUCCCACUUCCGCUACACCAAGACUGUUGAUUCGGAAUGGGCUUUUGGUGGCGGUGCGAACAAGCUGGGCAAGGAGGAUGCUGAGAAAAAGCACAUCACUAUAGAUCCCCACGAGGCUGAUCGCCCCGCGGGUUUCAACUACAAGCUCCUCAUCUCCUCCAUCUUGCCCCGCCCCAUCGCCUUUGUAAGCAGCCAAGCUCCCGACGGCACACACAAGAACCUGGCGCCUUUCAGCUACUUCAACAUGGUGAAUCACGACCCGCCCAUGUUUGUUGUUGGCUUCUCCAGCAGCCUCGAAGCUGCAAAGGACACGCUGCGCAACAUCGCCGACUCGGGCGAGUGUGUUGUGAACAUCAUCUCGGAGCACUUCAUCGAAGCAGCCAACUCAACCAGUGUCAACGCCCCCUACGGCGUGUCUGAGUGGGAUGUUUCGGGCCUGACACCUGUUAAUGACUGCGAGACGGUCAAGUGCGCUCGUGUGCGCGAGGCUAUUGUGAGCAUUGAGUGCAAGCUCGAUAUGCUCAAGGAGUUUGAUAGCAAGGCGCGCCCGGGAAACAAGUCGGGCACACUGGCUGUCCUUGAGGGUACUCGGUUCUGGGUUAGAGAGGAUGCCCUGAACGAGGAGAAGAACCUGGUCGACCCUAAUGUGUUGAAGCCGGUGAGCAGACUGGGAGGAAUCACGUAUGCAAGAGUCACAGAGGCGUUUGAGAUUCCGAGAACGGAUUAUGCAAAGGAUAUUGGUGGUGAAGAGGGACUUGAGAAGAUAAAGAACAAGAACUAG